AUGUUCGACAUCAAUCUCGUUCUUAGACUCCUGACGUUUAAAAUCCCAACAACCGUCGAGAAGCAACGCAACAUCGCCACCGCAUUCAUGGCUACUCUCGGGGAUAUGAGGAAGCAGUUGUCCGAUAUUGUAGCCAAUGUCAAAACGAAAGGCUAUCAGAUAGAGGACGCCAUCCCAGACGUCUUACGCGAUCACUUCAAGGAGUUGAGCGAACUCAAAGCAGCGCGAGAGUACAUUAGGGAGAUUCAAGAUCGUGAGCAACACCUGCAAACUCAUAACAAUACAUUGCGAGCGAAAAUCAAGGAAAAGGAAGCAGAGAUUGACGACCAACCAGCAGAGUUCAAGGCGCUCAAAGUCGAUCUCCAACAGGCGCACCGGCAGAUCGAAUACUACCGUGAGCUUGCUGAAGAUUCGCAACGGCGUGCACAACGUUACGAGCGCGAGCUUGCUCUCGCUGUCACGGACCAAGCUGCCUCCGAUGAAAUUAUCGCCAGAGCUGACCGUUUGCAAAAAGAGCUAGAACAACUUCAGUUCACCAUUGUGCAACUACAGGCCGAGAACGAACGGGCAGCUGAAACUUUCACCAACCUUCGCGCACACGACGCAGCGAUCAUAGCAGCCAACGAAGCUAAAUUUGCAAAGAUACUGUCUCAUACGUCUGAAGUCGAGAAUGAAAGCGAGCAAUUUAGCGAAACGUUCACUACGCUCAUUCACGACUUAGAGUCUGAGGUUUUAUCUGCUUCCGCCUCUCUUAACGAUAAGGCUGCUCUGGUACAGAAAACAGAGACGCUGUAUAACGCCAUCGUUAGUGAGGCAGCACCUUUAGAUCGGUUCUUCUCUCGCGCAUUCAGGAUAUUGAACAUCUACCAAAUUCUUUUCCGGUCGCUUUCCGAUCCAGCCCACUCCAGCACUUCAAGUUUGCCCCUUGAGCUAGAUCCGCUCAUGGAAGGAGCCAGCCAGGACUUGUAUGUCUACGAGCAGGUGCAUCGGACGAUGUGCGAGGACCAUGGUCUUGCUGGAGAGCGAGCUCGUACACAUCUCAAUGGUAUUUCGAAAAGCGCGAACGAGAUGAUGCUAAGCUUCAAUUCCAUCAAAGCUGACGUAGCAAUGUUUUUGACUCGUCUGAAGAAAGAGCCAGGCAGUUGGGUGGCUAUGAGGGCGAAGUUUGGUGGGUCUAGUAAGAAGAAGGGGAUAGGAAAGCGUUUUUCCAUGGGCUAA